CGCCGCCGCCCCGCGGGAGCAGGAUGGAACAUGAGGCUACCCAGCUAGAAAAGCAGCACGUGCACAGUGUGUAUGAAAAUACAGCUGCCUACUUUAGUGAUCUGCAGACCAAAGCAUGGCCUCGUGUUCGGAACUUUCUGCUGGAACAAAAGCCUGGCAGUCUUGUUGUUGAUAUAGGUUGUGGAACUGGAAAGUAUCUCAGUGUCAACAGUCAAGUGUAUAAUCUAGGCUGCGAUUACUGUGAAGGACUGGUAGAAAUUGCAAGGAAGAAAGGUGAUGAAGUUCUGGUGUGUGACAACCUUAACCUUCCCUUUAGGGAUCAGUGCUUUAAUGCAGUCAUUUCAAUUGGAGUAAUACAUCAUUUCUCAACUAAACAAAGAAGAAUCAAAGCAAUAAAGGAAAUGGCAAGGAUACUGACACCUGGAGGCCAAAUAAUGAUUUAUGUUUGGGCUAUGGAACAAAAGAAUCGUCGCUUUGAGAAACAAGAUGUAUUUGUUCCAUGGAACAAGGCCUUGUGCUCACGCCGUUUUUCAGAAUCAAAUCAAUCUGGAGAUAAGGGUGAAUUUGUCCAUACAGCAAAAGGCCAAGACAAACACCCUGCACAGCUUGUCAUCUCUGAGUGCAGCUACCAAAACAAUCUGCAGCCAGAAACUGAUUCAAAGCAUUCCCGCAGUAUGGACCAUUGCUUACCCAGAGCCUGCUGCAUGAAAAUUUCUGAGGAGGAAAACAGGUUUUACAGUGCUCUAGGAAGAUCUUUCCGCUCAUGGUUUUUCUCCAGAUCCCUUGAUGAAGCAGCCCUGAGAAAGCAAAGUGACAAAAUGAAGCACCUGAAACAUGAAGGCGUGUGGGCAAACAGUACCAUACCCAUUCAACAUUCACGACACUGCAGCUUGGAUUUAGGUCACCAUGGGUCUCUGUUAAAUGAACCAAGUUUAGAUGAUGAUGAUGAUGUGUUUGUGGAAAGCCUGUCUCUCAAAAAACCACAGUGGUCGCCAGCCACAGAUGCACCGAAGGAUUUAAAAAGAACUUCAACAACUGACUCCACUGACUCAGCUUUGGAUUCAGCAGUGUCUGUUGGGGACCAAACCGAUGCCAUGUUGGAUACAAAGGCCUUCAUGCGUUAUUACCAUGUUUUUCGGGAAGGGGAGCUGUGUUCUCUGGUGGAAGAGAAUGUGCCUGAGCUUCAGAUACUUUCUUCCUGCUACGACCAUGGAAACUGGUGCAUUAUUGCAGAGAGAAGAGGAACAUAGCUAUAAAGAGAGCAAAGCAGAAUCCAGUGACUGAGGAUUUUAAGCUCUUCCUUGUGUUACUGUGAUUGUGCAGUGUGACAUGGAAUUGGAAUCUUGUAGUUGUGUGCCAUUCAUUUCUGAGUUAUUAACUCUCAACUAUUUAACUAGCUAAUGCAAGGUCUGUAUAUAGGAAUGCAAGUGGUAGAUAAUAUUUUUGUUUUGCUAAACUUUUAUGAAGUUAAAACUGUAGAGUUUUAUAUUGCUGUUAGCAAAUAAUUGUGUUUUAAAAUAUACUUUUCUAUUGAGAAACAAACCUUUUUAUAAACCAAGGAUCAGGGCAUCUUUUAUGAGAAAUAUCCUCUCAGUAGAAAGUCUAGUCUUUAUUCUUCAGAUGCCAGAAGUUUGUCACAUUGCUCCCUAUUCUUGAAGUGCUAUAAAUGAGACAUGAACACUAUGUCUAAAAUUGUACUUGGCUGUACACUGGUAGAGUGCAUGCUGUAGAACUGGGAGCAAGCAUGGUCCCAGUGCUCCUCAGUUGGGAGUAGAGUUAUUAAUGGGCAAAAAACUGUGCACCAAACAAGCUCUGCGUGUUCUGUCAUUUGAUGUUUUUAUUUGGGAGCAAAUGGCAGCACAGAUUUUGGACAGUAUUUUUUACCUUUGUUUUAAAAAUAAUUUAAUUUGUCUUGCAGGUGCAGGUGAAGUUUUAUGUGUUAGCUCUCACAAAUAUCUUAUCUUAAUUUCCUUUGCUGUAGUUUUCCAUUGGUUACAUGUAUAUAAUAGUCAGAGGGAUUUGUGGGAGUGUGAGUAUUAUGUAAAGUUCUAAAAUAUCAAAUCCUUGAAAUACAUAUAUCUUUUUGAUAAGCCUGGGAAGCUAAGAUUAAAUUAAUAAAAAUCUAGUGCAUAUCUGGUCAGCUGUCAUAUUUACUUUUCUUAUUCACAGACAUGAGAAUAUACAUUAAUGGUGUGUUAAAUAAUGUAGACAGGAUGAGGAUAAGCCCAGUUUGCACAUAAAAUACAAAUUCCUGUCUUGUGAAGUUUAAAUGAAUCUUUUGGGACCUAAGUGAUAACAGAAUGUUUACACAACUUUCCUAUUCCCACCAAGACAUACCAUCACUAUCCAUCUGUAGAAGGUUGUAGCAGUUUAUAGUGCUGGGGAUAAAAAGCACCUGGCUUCAGAAGAUCAGUAGUGGAACUGCCAACAGAAGCAGGGCUAGAAGAGGCUAAUUGCCUCAUUAGCACAGAGUUACUCCAUUCCUAGGCUUAAUUCAUAGUCAGUGGUUGCAGUGCAGGGCACAUCUUCAGCUGGUGUGAUUUUCUGACCUUUAAUGGAGUUGCACAGAUUUCCCACCCCACCCAAAAUAGAACCCCUAAACCUCUUUUGUUACAGCAGUUUUAAAGAGCUAUAUAAUUAAGAUGUCUGCCCUAUUAUUGAGCAAGUAGCUUUGAAUACAAGGCAAUAGGAGUGAAAUGCCAAGCUUUUCCAGUCUAUGUUGCCUGAGUAGGUGGAUUUGGGAUUGUUCAGUAGAAAAUUUGAUGGUGCUGAGUAUUUUUUGGUGUAGCUUCCUAGUUGUUAAUUGCCACAUGGUAAUGUAUUAUAGAUAUGUUUACUGGAAUAAUGUCCUCAAUCAAGCAAUCAUUUUUGUCUCCCUCAUAGAUUGGAAUCCUUAUACUUUAUCCAUCCUGGGUCUGUACCACUUGCACUCCCCACAGGCCUUUGAAAAAUAGAAGUGUGGCCAAAGAACCAUACAUUCUGAAAUACCAUUCCACUCUAAUCUAAACGUUACUUUCAGUGCAGCCUGGGGCUAGGGCUUUCAGUUGCUGUGUAUGAGCCAUACUUCAGAAAAUGGGCAAUAUUCCCUGCCUCACUGGGUCCAGCUGCUCCUGGAUGAGGGGGCUGCACCUGCUGCAUCCUCAGGCUCCAGAUUUAGACAUUUAGGGCCAAAGUACCCAUAUUGCUGAGCCAGCAUGGAUUGUGCUGAGCUCCACACCUCAUUUGCAAUGGGGUUGUGUCAGACAGUGGAGGCCUGCCUUUUAUUUUGGGAAUUUCUGGAUGAGCUUGAAAAUUUUAGAGAAGUCAAUUGCUUCCAGAUAAAGUAUGCCAGUGGAUAUUAAUCACUCCUGGAAUUUGGGCUGUGUUUUAGAAAGAGGUAGAUUAUUAUUGUCCUAUAUCCAAUUCUGAAACUUCAUCCCUAAAUGCCAGCAUGUAGGAACUUUAUUUCACACAUAUGAAAAUAUUUAUUAAGUAUUAUUAAUCUUAACUGACAGCUGGGUUUAGUUAUUUGGGAGAAAGAACAUCACAAUUUUGUUAUAUGAACUUCUACAGUCUGACUGUGGCGUGUUCAGUUAAGUGGACUGAUGGAAUUUGGGUAAACUGAGAAGGGAAAUAUGUCCAUUUUCUUUAGAAUAUAGACUUAAUAUCCUUGCAAGAGGCUGAAUCUAUGUCAGGCUCUAGUUAAAACUUCUUGCUCUAUAUGUUUGAAUUACAGUUGUCCCCUCAAAGCUGCUGAAGUGCUUUGAACCACUUUUGUGUUUGUAGACUUUCCAUGCUUUAUUUGGUUUGAGGUUCUUGCCUGGGGUUACUUUUCACAAAUACUUAAUUCUGUAUUGAAUUUUCUCAUGUUUUGAGUUGAUGCUGAGUUUGUAUUGGAUUCUUAUAAAUUCUUGGGAGAAGGAGAGGGGAGGUCUGCUAAGCAGCUUUUUGGGUUUUCUGUUCCCCAAAUAUUCAAUUGUCCUCUGAGGAUGUAACAUCACCGUGUAACAUAAUUUUUAUGGAAUCGGGUCAGUCAGCUGAGAUUAUGACUGUGAAGUCUGUACAGCAAACCUUUAUUCUUGAGGGCAGUCUCCCAUCUAUUAGCAGAAGCUGCCUGGAUCUGUAACAGCUUUAUCAUCUCAUAAACCAGAUUACCUCACUCAGAGCAUGGUGAAGGUCUCUCUUGAGAGGUUUCUCUUUUGAGGAGGCCCACCUUAAGCAAAAGGUAAUUUCCAGCAGAAUCAAUGUGAUCCCAGAUUUAACAGCUUACAAAGUUAAUGAGCUCAGAGAAGUGGAUGUACCAUUAAAAAGUAUAGUAAAUGAAUGAAUAAGUAAAUAAAACCCAGCUAGCCUUGAAUACUUAAGCUUUUGUCAAUGUCAAGACUGGAAGAUCUGACUAUUAUAAUGUAAAAGGCAAAUGUGUUUUUACAUUUCUUCUCUGAUGAUUGGGCAAUAAUCUCGUCUCAGUUCUGCUGGUAAAGAGCUUGCUUCUGGCUGUAGUGGGCUCAGAUUGCUCCUAAGGUGCUUAGGUAGCACUAGGUGGCAUGUGGAGAAGUUUAGAUGACUUGAGAAAGAUGCCCUGGUUUCUUACAAAAUUAAUUCAGGUGAAACUUCCUGUGUAUCAGUUUCUGCCCAUUGCCUCUUGUCCUAUUACUUGGCACCACAACUGCAAUAAAAAAUACAUUGCACAGACUUAUUUUUGCAGGACUAAUACAGUUGUAAUUGUUGAUAAAUGUUUCUAUUAGAAGUGAAUGUGUCAUUUUUUUGGUUCUAACAGUGACUAAUUUACUUUCUUCCAAGCUCAACGUGUAGGAAUUUUAAAAUCACAGUUGAGAAAUGAAAGCUAAAAACAUUCUAGCAGACUUUCCUGGUACUUAUUUUUAUAGAGGUUACUUAUAAGCACAGUUUAAAAUGGUAAGUGAAGAGCUGUAUGUGUUCCACCCGCAAAAUAGUGCUAGUGAGCUGCUUGGGUAGGUUCUGAAUAGAAAUGAUAGCUCUGAUCCUGCAUUCUCUCUGCUGUGUCAUGUCUCCAUCAGCCUGCAUUCACAUCCCUGUUGGGCUGUAUUAGUAUCAACAGUGUGUUAAAUCUGCUGCACUACCUGCUUUCUUGCUUAGCAUUUUUACAGGAUUUGGGACUACUUCAGUACUCCAGGAAAAUGAAGUGUGUCAGCGUUAAAUAUGUACAAGUGCUUCUCUCUUUUGCGAGUUCAGCAUUCCUUACUCUUACAGUAUAUGAAUUCUGGCAGUUAGCCGUGAUUUUAUCUUCCAAUCUGCUGGUGAAAACCAUGCUUAGGUACUGCUCUGUAGUCAAUUCUGUGGUGUCCAUACAUGGAAUCUAUUCUUUAGUAUUCAACAGAAAUAAAUCCUACUUGGUUAAAAUAUAAUUUUCUACAAAAUUUGUGUGUCUUCACAUUAGCUAAUAAAUGUAUUGGCCCCUGAAAA